UUCAAUUUGACACUUGUUUUAUCCAGUCCGUUGACAGUAUAAACAUUCCAGUGAAGAGAAACUUAAAAUAAACCAACGAAUGCCGACAUUCAGUUGUGGAAAGAAAAAAUGAUAAAAUUUAUAGAGAUUUCAUGCAAAUCAUAACUUUUAGUUUCGUUAGUUGAAAGAAUUGAAAAGAGAGAGAAGAAAAAAAUGUGAUAAUGGGUUUGCCUCCAUUUGAAGUCUCUGUUUCGUUGUUUUUGUAUGUCGGAGCGUUGGUUUGUGCCAUUUAUCAUGCGUUUCAGUAUGGACAGAGUAUAGACAUUCUGGAGAAUGAAAAUUCGUUUUCGGAAGGCUGGUUGAUUGGUCGAAAGCGAGAUGACUACGAUGCUGAAUGGGAAUCGUUUGUUGAGAACACACAGAAGUAUGUGUACUGGUACAUUUGUCAUGUGUUUCUUUCGGAAAUUGUUCGUCAAUUGGAACCGCAUAGAGUCUGUUUUAUGCACGCGGCGAUCGGCAUUUCAUUUGUUUGGAGAAACUUCGAACCACUUGUGGCCGGUGCAAUGUUUGCAAUGAUAUUUUCAUAUUACGUAGCGAUGGCAUUACAAAAGCGAUAUGUCUGGAUGUUAACCGUAGUGUGGCUAGCCAUUUUGAAUAUGCUAAAACAAAGCGUGUGGGAAGAACGACUGUCGACAAUGCUCAACGAAAAAGAAGUGUGCGAUGCAAUGAUUGCUCUGUCAUGGCUUUUACUCCGAGUCACAAGUUUUGCCAUUGACUAUUGCAAUGCACGACCAAAUGAAGACCCCGAACGAAUUCGAAUUAAAUUUUCAACACUUCAUUAUCUAGCGUAUUCAUUUUAUUUGCCGGUGUAUUUGCAUGGUCCACCAUUGAUUUAUGAGCGCUAUGCCAAAAUGAUACCACAGAAUAAAUUGUAUCGUGUACAAGAGUCAUGGUAUCGUUUGGAGGAACUGGUGAUUUCACUGCUUCGCAUCGGUUGUGUCUAUGUUCUCAAUGAAAUUUGCAUGCAUUUCAUUUACGCCAAUGUUGUUAUCUACCAUCCAGAUCAAAUGGAGCACAUGAAUUUAUGGGCGGUUUAUGGUUUUGCUUAUGCAAUCGGCCAAUAUUUCUGUAACAAAUACAUUGUGGCCUAUGGAUUGGGAUUGUCAUUGGCCAAAUUUGAUCGAAUCGAUGCACCUCGGAAACCCAUGUGCAUUGGACGUAUUCAUCUGUAUUCGAAAAUGUGGAAGCAUUUUGAUCAUGGACUUCAUGACUUCUUGUUCAAGCAUAUUUAUGCAGAGAUGUGCACGAGAACAUCGUCCCUUCCACGAAAAUUGUUUGCCAGUUUCGUAUCGUUUGCUUUCAUCUACUUUUGGCAUGGAUAUUAUCUAUUUCUGCUCGUCUGGGUAUUUCUGAAUCUGGCUUCUCUUUAUAUUGAGUUGUUCGGCCGGCACAUUUCACGUAGCCAACAAUACAGGCGAUUUUUGAAACCAAUCGGAAGCCAAAACAUUCAACGAUUGAACGCAAUUCUAGGCGGCCAAUUACUUAUUUCCUCCAGUAUUUCAAAUGUGAUGUUUAUCGGUGGACCAAAUAUUGGUAAAUGGCUUAUGAUUCACACCUACUUUACCGGUGGACUUUUAAAUUAUUUGAUUUUAAGCGUCACAGCGUACAAUUUAUAUCAAGUGUCUACUUUUAUUUUUCGAUGUGAAGAAGAUAAAAAAUAGUCACAAGUUUUACAUUUUGAAAGUAGAUACGAAAACCACGUGUAUUCAAUUGAGAUUAUUUUUAAUUGUAAAUUUUUUCUCGUGUAAUAAUCAAAAGCACUUCCUUACAUUCCGUUUUAAAUAAGUGCCCCUUUUUUAUAAUCCUAGAAAUAAGUUUUUUAAACAAUUUGUUUCUUUAUCUUAAUUUUUGUAUAGAAAAAGUCGUCACAAACAGUUGAAAUUGAUUCAUUUGUUUUUAUUCAAAUUAUACCAAAAAUGCAUUCACAUUUAAUUUUACUUUCUCCCGUUCAAAUGACAGUCAAACUCAAAAAUGCAGUUAUUAAAAAAAAUUAAAUUCUUGUAUACAAUCAAAA